AUGUCGAAGGGAAGAACCCUUUGGGCUCGAUUGUAAAAACCACCAAAUUCCUCCCCUUUUCAUAGGCUCAGACAUUGAGAAAACAGCUGAACAAACUUCUGCUCAGUGGGCUUCGAAAUGGCAAAAGUGACCAUUAAUGCUGCAGUGGCUGACUCUCUUGUGCUGAGCAGGGCAGACAGCAUCUGCCUGCACUGAACAUUGAUGGACACUGUUAGCCGUCGCACUUGUCACAUUUUAUUUUCUCUUCUACAAGUGUUAUGGAGCUGAGAGUGGAGGAGAAUGGUGCAGAGAGCUUCCCUGGUCCAUAAAGUGAAAUGCCUCCAUCUGUAGCUGCCUUCAUCAUAGACAGGCCGGGAGGUGUCUAGUGAGUCUUGUGAAAUUCAUGGGUGGAUAGAGGAAACUACCGAGAGGCUCUGAAGUUGCAGAAUGAGGUGAACAGUGCAUCAGUAUAUUAGCAAAUACUAAUGCACAUUAUAGAGGGAGGGCUCAGUGCAUUGCUUGGCUGGGUAAUCACUGAGCGCUUCAGGGGGAGAAAAUUCUCCUGACUUUUCCUCCACCCGCAGCUCCAACAAUAAGUAUUGUGAGGACAGAGGUGCUAUGCUCAUAGUAUUGUCUCCUGUUUUAGUUCUGACCUGCCUCUGUAGUGAGCAGCAGAGUCCUGUGGGACAAGGAGCAGUGUGGAUAACAUACGAGGCUCUGUAUUCUUAUUUUUCCAGGACAGGCUGAGCAAUACUUACCACUUAUUGCCAUCUCAGGAAGUCCAUUUUAUAGCUUCCAUCCAUUGAGGGCUGCAUGGGAUACCCAGUACAACUCCCAGACUGACCAACAGAGGCAGGCGUCUUCCUGCGUGCGUCCCCCUCUGCAGGGACUGCACCUCGGCACACAACUCUGAUGUUGCCUGUGGAACUCUUGGGUUUCUGGGUGCCCCUCCUGCUUCUGUGCAAGUCUGGGCGUGUUACCAUUGAAUUAGCUGGGAACAGAGUUGUAUCUUGUCUUAGCCCUUCCUUUGCUGUUCAACUGAGAAGUGGCUUGCCUCAUUCUGGCAGUCCGCCUGUGCCUCUGAUUGCCUGUAAGCCUAAGCAUUUGGUGCCUGCAUUUACACAACAGCAGGCAGGUUUAAAGAUCCCAGUCUCUCGUUAAAUGAGAGUAUUGUAAAGAGCCUUGUCCCACCUGCUAUACCCAUUGGGCUGGGGCCUGGCGGAGUUGCCAUAAUACUCUGCAGCUCAAAACUUGCUGUAACUUCAGGAGUGAGUUUGAACUUUUACAUGUGCAAGUGCUGAAUGGGGAAUUACGAAGCUACCGGCAGGCUGGCCACCUCACUGCUACCCCAUAGUCUGCAAGGGGUGGAGUAUCUUCUUUCACCAACCCUGCCCAAUAAGAAAGAGAGAGGAGGGGGGAGGCAGUGACAUUCAUCUCCGCUAUCCCACUUGCUUUCUCUGCGUGGCAUUAGCUGGAUGAUCCCUUUCGCUGUAGAUGCGCUGCUGUGUCAUGGCCAAUAUAUCAUUUUGUUUCAUUCCAGGCCACGUUUUUCUUUAUUUGGCUAGAAAUAGACAGACACAUGGCUGAGUUUGAAGAGGAGCUUGUGAAGCUAUCUGGCUUGACUGAUCGCUGUUGGGUUAAGGAAGAGUCAUGGUGAUGAUGGGAAAUAUGCUUAGGAGCAGAUUUAAAUAGAAGAGAGACCACAUAUUCCGAUCCCCAUCCACAAACUCUGGCACGGGUGUCUCAUUGUCCGCAUGGUGCUAUGUAGCCCAUCAAUGGGGUGUAAGCUGUAGUGCCAUAUGAAUCUGACUGUCUAGUCCAGAGGCUGUGUCUUUAAGUAGCAUAGCAACAUGAUAUUCGGGGCCGGCUCCUGGUAGCUGCCUUGACCACAACGCACAAUGAUAAGAAUUUUCCCCUUCCGUAGCUAAAGGGUUUUUAUAAGUUUGCACUUACUAGUGACGCAGUGACUGUCCAAACCAAAAGUUACUGGCAAGCUAGAGGGAACUGGUUUUAUGGUCUGGGCAGUAGCUAACUGCUCAGUGCUUUGCAGAAAUAACCUCAUGUUUCUACAGAACUUUUCACUGCAAGGGAGGCCAAAGCAUUUACAAACAAUGGCCAAAUCCUGUGCUCGAUUACGCUGGUACAAAGGGAUACUAACUUCCUGAAGCUCGUGGCUUUGCUCUGUGUGUCAGAGUAAAAUUUGGCUCUUACUUUGUCAGCUCUAUGGAAAUCCAGCUCUGGAUGGGAUCGCACCAGCAGUGUAACAACACCCAUGUAGGGAAAGAAGUGAAGCAGGAUAUAUGUUUGUGACGCAUGGCCAGAAAGGGUUAAACAUCCUGCAAAAACUCAAAAGACAUGGGGAGAUAAUGUUUGUGUUUUUGUGUAUUUACAUAUGUAUGAGUAGGGUCAAGAUAUAAUCCACAGUCCCUGUCUGUGCUGUAUUCUGAUAGUUCAAGUCAAAAGAACAUCCUAUCAUUUAAAUAAAUUUUAAACACAGGAUAUCUCUGUAGUCAUCUCUCUUUUUGAAAUGUAUAGAAAAUAAUCUGUGAAUGGUGGAGGAACAAGCAAAUGGCCUUAUGUUAAUUCUACAGCUAAGUACUGGUGAUGGACCUCCUUCAAAGUCAUGCUAAUUACCUUUUGAACUCCAACUUGUCAAAAGACAUGAAAUUGUACAAAAGAUCAUUGGGUCCUGAUUCUGUCAUCACAGAUCUGCUUAGGCUUCAUCAGGGGAAGUUUGAGGCACAAGAUUGAGGUCCCAAUUAUGCUGGUACGCCCUGAAUAUGAUUUUGGACAUUGGACCUAUGAACUAUUUCUGAAAGAAUUCUUUGCCACUACAAAGCUCACCAUCUCUGCUAUGAAUCUGAACCUCAAUAAAUUGAACUCAUGUCUGUAUGCGUAUUGAACUUUUAACAGACUCUCUUGUUUUUUAAUAAAGUUUAGUUUAAUAAGAAUGGGCUGUAGCGCGUAUUUGGGUAAGAUCUGGAAUAUUCAUUAACCUGGGAGGUAAUGUGUCAGAUCCUUUGGGAUUGGUAGAACCCUUUUUUUAUAUGAGGAAAUAAGUUUUACAGAAAUUUUCACCAUACUUGACGUGUGCACCUGGAUGGGGGCCUGAGGGAACUGUGGUGUUUGAACUUCUGAGUAACCAGUAAGGUAAUAAAGAAGAUGUUUUGUGCUGGCGUGGUAAAUCUAAGUAUUGGAAUAUCCACCAGUUUUAUGAGGAUUAUCUGCCCCAUUCUUUGCAGUUCACCCUAAUUGAGUGACCAUAGUUGGCUCCCCACUAGGACCCCGAUUACAAUGCUGUUGAAAUUGGGAGUCAGGGUGGGGAAGGUAAUUGUCAACAGAGCAGAUAACUGUGUAUGCCAAGUAUCCUGCCUUUCCAGUCAGAAUCUAAACAGUAAAGCGAGUGGCAUGACAUCAAACACAUGACUUCAUAAAAGUUAGCAUUUAAAUAGCGGCUUCCUGGCACAAAGACAUAAGCUGGGCUAUACUAUUCAUACAGCAACCGUCUGCAUUGGGGUUCUGAGCCUCAUCCCUCCUUGAGCUGGUUAUUUUAUAACUUAUUUUGUCCCAGGAGCUCAGGCUAAGAGUGAGGGGAGGCCAGGGAGCUGAAUUUUGAGGAUCUGUGGCCCCAUUAAGAGGAUAUGUAUAGUAAAUUUGAUUGGAGCGGUCUGCUGUGAUUAAAAGUUUGGAUUUCAGGCACGUUGGAAGUAGUGAUUAGCAGGUUUUCCUCUGGUAAUGUGAGUGCUGUGUGUAUCUACAAGUAUCUGUCUACAAUCCUCUUCCCCUUUGUUCACCAAAACCCUGUCUGCCUUCUGAUUGUUAGCACCUUCCCCUUUUAACUUUAAAGCGACCGUCUCCCUGCAAAUGGAACAAAUAGAUCUGAAACAGACUACGUUAUAAAUCCCGCACGUGCAACCUCAAGCAUCUGAUUCGCUUAGGCCAUCAUAGAAGCUCUGUAGGUCUCUGAAUUAGUCAGCGGAGGACACUUUGCGUGAGAAGCUGGAGGUCUGCUACAAACACUCUGAGUGAAAUGAGAAUGGUACCUGCCCUGAUGCUCAUGCGGAUACUGAUGUCACUGGAGAACGGUGGCGUGUUGGCUGGCCGGGUCAUCACUCACCCCAAGCUGAAGGCUCGCCUAGGGGACUCUGUCCUGCUGGAAUGUUUCUUCCAAAGCCUGGUGCCAGGGGACUGGAAUGUGACCAAAGUGGACUGGAUACAUAUGCCGGAAAACAGUACUCAGGUGGAGGAGAUGGUCUUCUACUACUACAGUAACCACAGCGUUCCUGUGGGACGCUUCCGGCCCCGAGUGCAGUGGCUGGGGGAUGUGGCCCGCAAGAACGGCUCUGUGAGGCUGCAGGAUGUACAGGCGGACGACAGUGGGACGUACACCUGCGAGAUCCGGGUGUUUGGGCGGAGCAGCAUCUUCAAAAACUACACCGUGCUGCAUGUGGCCUCUGCUGGACGGAGAGGGUCCGGAUUUGCAGGGGCCCAGUACUCUGAGAGCUCCGGUAGCAGUGGCUGGGGGGCCAUCCUGGGCUACGUCUGUGCGACCACCUUCCUGGCCCUCUUGUUGGGAUUGGGGCUAAAGAAGUUUCUCCAGAAACAGAGACCUACGGAGAGCGGGCCCCUGUCGAGGAGUCGGGAUGACGGCAGCCGGGAUAAAGGAGAGGAAGGCAUUUACUCCCUCAUACCCUGUGCUGAGAUGCUCCAGGCUGGGCAGGAGGCAGAGCUGGGGAGCAGAACGGACACGACCUACAUUACCAUGCGCCCCUCUGCUGCUUUCCAUGGGGCGGGCACUGCACUGCUGGAGAACAGCGUGUACGUCCAGCUGCAGAGGAAGAAGAUCCCAGUGGAAUGGCUGGAUGAGGGGAGACCGUGCAAUGAAGGAGCCCAAGAAAGCAAGAAAACCUGUGAAAAGUCCAACUGCCCAGAGGAGGAAUUCCCUUGUGCCCUGGAUGGGGGGAAAGCACCUCUGAGCCCAGCCUGGCACGACAGCUAGGGACAUUGACCUCCCCCAGGAACAAACUCUACUCACUCCAUCAGCGUGCCACAGGGCUGCCUCUCAGUCUGUACAGGGCAUGGGCCGUAUCACUCUCGCUGUCCGGGUUAUAAUCUAUUUGUGCUGUGACAGCACCUGCCAGCCCCAGCCAGGACCGGGCCCCACUGUGCCCAGCGCUGUGUAGACUUGCUGCUCAUUGAGGACAUUUUCGAAAGGGUCACUUCACGCUCUGAUGGGGCU